AUGCUCCCUCUGCGUCCACAAUCACAGGUUGGAGGAUUACAAACAUCGCUGUCUCUCGUUUCUUCAGACCCUAUUCUGUCUCCUGAUGAACCUAGAUCAAACUCUGACAAUCUCCGUGAGUCUCCAGCUGAAAGUGCAAGUUCUCUAGAAACUUGGCCUACAGCUGAUGCAGCUACGACAAAGAAGAUGGAGAAUGGAAAAGCGGAGAUUAACUGCCUUGAGCAGAAAGUGCUUCACCGAGUUUCUAGUGCAGACAAAGUUACUCUUCAGGACAUUGCCAGAGAGAAUGUCGGUACAAUAUGUGAAAAAAUGCAUCGUCUACCUGAGGAAUAUCUAGAAGAGCUGAAGAAUGGACUUCGAGUUAUCCUUGAGGGAGGGAAUGGUUCACAGCACAGAGAGGAAUUUUUUAUCUUGCAGAAGUUUGUUCAGGGUAGAACUGAUUUGACAGCCAAGACACUGGUCAGAUCACAUCGAGUGCAACUUGAAAUCCUUGUUGCAAUAAAUACUGGAAUUCAGGGAUUUUUGCAUCCUAGCAUUAGUCUAUCGCAGACUUCACUGAUUGAGAUCUUUGGCUAUAAGAGAUGCAGAAACAUAGCGUGCCAAAACCAGCUUCCAGCUGAUGAUUGUACCUGUGAAAUAUGCAACAACACUAAUGGUUUCUGCAAUCUUUGCAUGUGUGUGAUCUGCAACAAGUUUGACUUUGAGGUGAAUACUUGCCGCUGGAUUGGAUGUGAUUUGUGUUCUCAUUGGACUCACACAGAUUGUGCCAUUCGCCAGCAACUUAUUUGCAUGGGCCCUUCUUCAAAGAGCGGAGCAGGACCCAGUGAAAUGGUUUUCAGGUGUCAAGCAUGCAAUAGGACUUCAGAACUGUUGGGUUGGGUUAAAGAUGUCUUUCAGCACUGUGCACCGUCAUGGGAUGGAGAGGCCUUAAUGAGGGAACUUGAUUAUGUUAGCAGAAUCUUUCAUGGGAGUAAAGACCCUCGAGGCAGAAAGUUAUUUUGGAAGUGUGAUGAUCUGAAGGAAAAAUUGAAAAGUAAAAAAAUGGAUUCAAAGGCUGCUUGCAGGGCAAUUUUGAUGUUUUUUCAAGAGCUUGAGGUGGACUCUGUAAAAGGGUUGGAAAAUGGCGAAAGUGGAAGGUUGAUUGCUCCACAGGAUGCAUGCAAUAGAAUUGCUGAAGUGGUGCAGGAGGCUAUAAGGAAGAUGGAAAUGGUAGCUGAUGAGAAGAUGAGGAUGUUCAAGAAGGCUCGCAUGGCCCUCGAAGCUUGCGAUCGGGAACUAGCUGACAAGUCCAGAGAAGUGGCAGAGCUCAAGAUGGAGAGGCAGAAAAGGAAGCUGCAGAUAGAAGAGCUAGAGAAAAUUGUGAGGCUCAAAAAUGCAGAGGCUGAUAUGUUCCAAUUGAAGGCUAAUGAGGCUAAACGAGAGGCCGAGAGGCUUCAGAGGAUUGCUCUUGCCAAGCAAGAUAAAUCAGAAGAAGAAUUUACUAGCAACUACCUGAAACAGCGAUUAAACGAGGCCGAGGCUGAGAAACAGUAUCUUUACGAGAAGAUUAAAUUGCAGGAGAGUUCUCGUGCUUCGCAGAGCAGUAAUGGUGGUGACCCCUCUCAGAUGCUGAUGUAUUCCAAAAUCCAUGAUCUUCUGUGCAGUGUUCCUUCCAAACCAGACACUCAGGGCCACCCUUUUCGGACAAAUCCCUGA